AUGAUCAUUUUGGGCGCUUCAACGGUCACUCCAGCGGACAAUUUUCGAUCACUUGUGUUAUGCGGGUUUGCCACAUUCAUUCAUAUUGCAAUCUCUUCGUUGUUUUUAUUUUGCUGUCGUGUUUCUGAACUACUUUCCAUGGUUAUCUCCAGUAAUAAAAGUUUGGAGGGUUGUAGAUUGUCCGUACGUCUGCCUGAUUCGGAUCAUUAUCACUCUGCGGAGAUCUUAGGUACACGGGAAGCGGAUUCCGUAACUUAUUAUUACGUUCAUUAUGAUGACUACAACAAACGACUCGAUGAAUGGGUGACGGCCGACAGGUUGAACUUUGAUAAAUUAGAAUGGCCGACAAAAAGGUCAACUCGCGAUCAUAGCUGCCCUGUCUUCCCUUUGACCUCCUCAACCGAUUUCCAAUCGUUAGAAUCACGUGGUUCCACUCCCGACGUUGAACCCAACGCUCCGCUAAAAUCUCGCACCCCGAGUUCAUCUAGUUUAAACCAGAUCAAACGAAAGAAAAUUUCUGAUGACACUUGCGAAGGCCCCAUCCACCUGUCCAUUUCCAGCGAUCCUCCUGAUGGUGGUACUCCAUUCUCUCUCGUUGGCCCGACAAAUAAUGGCAAACCCCGACAGACCGGCAGCAUGGUAUCCAGCCAUCACGAACAGGACACUGUCACACGAAUACGUAAUCUGGAAUGGAUUGAGUUGGGGCGGUACCGCAUGAAGCCAUGGUACUUUUCACCAUAUCCCCAGGAACUCGUCUCAGUACCAUGUGUAUACAUAUGCGAAUUUUGCUUGAAGUAUCUGAAAAGCCCCACUUGUCUCAGAAGACAUUUGACCAAAUGCACUUUGCGCCAUCCUCCUGGAAACGAGAUCUACCGAAAACCACCACACAGUUUUUUCGAAAUAGAUGGUCGCAAAAACAAGGUUUAUGCACAACACUUGUGUCUGUUGGCCAAAUUGUUUCUCGAUCACAAAACUCUCUACUACGAUACGGAUCCAUUCUUAUUCUAUGUACUCUGCGAGAUUGACUCCCAAGGGUUUCAUCUGGUUGGAUACUUUUCCAAGGAGAAAGAAUCCUCGGAGGACUAUAAUGUGGCAUGCAUUCUCGUUUUACCGCCUUAUCAAUGCAAGGGAUAUGGCAAAUUUUUAAUCGAAUUCAGUUAUGAACUAAGCAAGUUGGAAGGCAAAUCUGGAUCUCCCGAGAAGCCUUUGAGCGAUCUUGGAUUGCUAUCGUACCGAUCCUAUUGGGCACAGACCAUAUUGGAGUUGCUGCUCACUCACAGAUCCACCGAACCCGGUCAAGAACCUGCGCUCAGCAUCAACGACAUUGUGGAGAAGACAUCUAUCAAACGAGAUGACGUGAUUGCCACCCUGUCACAUUUGAAUGUGGUCUACUACGUCAAAGGCCAACACGUGAUAUAUCUAUCCACUGAACUGAUCGAGAGCCACCAACGCUCAAUGAGUCGUCGCAUCUUGCGAGUGGAUCCCAAACUACUUCACUGGAAGAUAAAAGACUGGAGCAAACGGGGACGCUGGUAGACCACUCCACGAUCCCUUCAGAUUCGUAUAGCCCCCCCCCAAUGUGUAUAUAUACAGUAUCAAUCCACUUGUGUGCGUGUCUUCUUUGUCUACUGUUGACCAUGCGGC